AAACCAGUUUUCUGAGAGUGCGCAGUAAGUGUAAACAGGAAGAAGAGUCCAGCAUUAAACAGUGUCGAUGAACGUUAUGAUACAUUUAUAUUAUCUAUUUGAAGCCGCGAUGCUGGUAUACAGUAAGAAGCUCGGUUAAACGUUAUUAAUAUAUGUCUAACGCACGAGGUAGCGAGAGUUUACAAAAGCUCUUAGCGAAAACAGCGGUUAAUGCUAACUGGCGGUUCUGACAAACACGUCGUUUCGUGACGUAUCGCGUUAAGCUGCAAGAAGGCAUUUCAGAUAUAGUCCAGAAAGCUUUCAUCUUUGCACGCGAAUGACUGUCGUGUUUGUCAAAGAAGAGAUCUGCAGGUAGUUCAUGCAGAAUAUUUUCGUCCGAUUGAAUUCCGCUCCCUACCGGUGACUCAAUGGCCUACUGACCCACUAAAUUAGUGAAUCGGUGACUGGUCCGUUUUCCUGCGGAAGAAACGCUUUGGCUGACGACUAGUCCGAUAUUUCCAACAGCGGUAAUUUAAUACAAUCCAAAAUGGUUCAGAAAGACAAAAUAAUCGAGUCGUCACAGCCAGAGAAUGAAGUCGAUACAGUGCCAACCGAAGCUGUUGCAGAUACUCUGUGUCCAGUUGACGAGCCCAGUAUCGGAGUUGAACGAACAGGCCGGAGGAAAUUCAUCACUGGUGUUGUAGAGGGCUUCUAUGGACGGCCAUGGACUAUGGAACAAAGGAAAGAGCUUUUCAGGAGGCAGCAGAAAUGGGGUUUGAACACCUAUCUGUAUGCCCCAAAAGAUGACUACAAACACAGAAUGUUUUGGAGAGAAAUGUAUUCUGUUGAAGAAGCAGAGCAACUCACGACUUUAAUAAGUGCUGCUAAAGAGCAUGAGAUUGAGUUCAUUUAUGCCAUUUCCCCUGGCUUGGACAUUACGUUCUCAAAUCAGAAGGAAGUUUUGACACUUAAAAGGAAGUUAGACCAGGUCUCUCAUUUUGGGUGCAAGUCCUUUGCCUUACUGUUUGAUGACAUCGAUCAUAACAUGUGUCCUGCUGACAAGGAGGUAUUCAGCUCUUUCGCACAUGCCCAAGUGUCUAUCACCAAUGAGAUCUUCCAAUAUUUGGGAGAACCUGAAAUAUUUUUAUUUUGCCCCACAGAGUAUUGUGGAACAUUUUGUUAUCCAAAUGUGCCACAAUCGCCUUAUCUGCGCACAGUAGGUGAAAAGCUCCUUCCUGGUAUUGAGGUGCUGUGGACAGGUCCAAAGGUAGUUUCUAAAGACAUCACUGUUGAAUCUAUUGAGGAAGUCACAAAGAUACUGAGGAGAGCCCCUGUCAUCUGGGACAAUAUUCAUGCUAAUGACUAUGAUCAGAAGAGACUUUUCUUGGGGCCUUAUAAAGGCAGAUCCACAGAGCUCAUUCCUCGCCUAAAGGGAGUCCUCACCAACCCCAACUGUGAAUUUGAGUCUAAUUUUGUGGCCAUUCACACAUUAGCCACAUGGUAUAAGUCUAACAUGAAUGGAGUGAGAAAAGAUGUUGUCAUGAAUGACGGUGAAGACAGCACUGUUUCCAUCCAGAUAAAGCUGGAAAACGAGGGCAGUGACGAGGAGCUAGAAACAGACAUCCUAUAUAGCCCUCAGAUCGCGCUCAAGCUGGCUCUCACUGAAUGGCUAAUCGAGUUUGGAGUGCCUCAUCAGUACAACAGUCGGCAGGUACCUCACAGUGGAACUAAAAGCAGUUCUGUGGAUGUUCCUUCGGUCACUUCUCCCAGCCUGGACACUUCCACUACAGUGACUACAGUCUUCCAACAGCCCAUUAUGAAUCCAGAUGUGCCACUUAGCGAUGAGCUGCACGUGCUCUGCAAAGAAGAAGAGGUGGAGGUGGAGAAGAAGGAGUCCGAUGAAGAACCCAUGGAGAUGGUUGUAGAGAAACAUGACGAGGUGGAGGACAAUAAAAAUGUCAACCAGAUCCUCACAGAGAUUGUCAAGGCUAAGAUGACAGAAGAUCUCAAGCCCAUGGACACAGACAAAGAAAGCCUGACAGAGUCCAAGUCCCCAGAGAUGUCCAUUCAAGAGGAUUCAGGCAGCGAUAUUGCACCGAUGCAGACUGAUGAUCAACUCAACAAGGAAUUGUUUGUUCCAGGUCCCAAUGAGAAACCACUGUUCACUGCUGAAGCACUUACCCUGGAGGAUUUAAUCCUGCUCGCUGAACUCUUCUACCUGCCAUACGAACACGGUCCAAAAGCAGUACAGAUGCUAAAAGAGUUUAACUGGUUAAGAGCCAAUAGUAAUUAUGUCAGUGUUAACUCCAAAGCAAAGGAUCCAGAGAAGGUGACUGAAUGGCAGUCCAGAGCAGAAUUCUUCGAGGAGAUGUGCUGCUCCGUCAUCCAGAUGUUCACCAGACUCUCCAACUCCGCCAACAGGACCAUUCUGUAUGACCUGUAUCCCUAUAUCUGGGAUAUAAAGAGUAUCAUCUCAAUGGUGAAAUCAUUUGUCCAGUGGUUAGGGUGUCGUAGUCAGUCGUCAGCACAGUUCUUAAGUGGCGACCAAGAGCCCUGGGCCUUUAGGGGCGGUCUAGCAGGAGAGUUCCAGAGACUGUUGCCAAUUGAUGGGGCAAAUGAUCUUUUCUACCAGCCACCACCAUCAAUGCCUACUUCUAAAAUCUAUACCAUAAGGCCUUACUUUGCCAAAGAUGAGUCUGCCAUCUAUAAGGUCUGCAAGGAGAUGUUCACUGAGAGCUGUGAUGGCAUUUCUUUCCCAGAUGAGUCUUCACCGGACCUUAUUGGAGACAGGUUUGUGGGAGGUUUUCUGACGCUCAGCCCAGACUAUGGCUUUGUGCUUGAGGAUGAAGAAGGUAUCUGCGGCUAUGCUCUGGGCACUGUGGAUGUCAAACCCUUUGUAAAGAAUUGCCAGAUGAGUUGGAUUCCAUUCAUGCAAGAGAAAUACAACAAGCCAGACACAGAGAAGGACCUGUCAGAGGCAGAGAAAAUGAUGCUAAGUUUCCAUGAGGAGGAAGAGGUUUUGCCAGAAUCGUUCCUCAGUAACUUCCCAUCCCUUAUUAAAGUGGACAUUCAUGCAAAGGUUACUGACCCUAGUGUAGCUAAAAGCAUGAUGGGAUGUCUCCUCUCAUCACUGAAAGCUAAUGGCUCAAAUGGUGCUUUCUGUGAGGUCCGGCAGAUGGACAAAAGGAUGUUGGACUUUUAUAGCAAACUGGGCUGCUUUGAAGUGGCCAAAAUGGAGGGAUUCCCAAAAGACGUUAUUCUAAUGGGGAGGAGUUUGUGAAUCUGAGCUGCCUAGAAGAAAAAUCAUACAGAAGGAGCCUCCUAGAAAGUGCACAAAGCUUUGGCCCACAUUUUAAGGCCCCAACUCGCUACCUGUUCAUGUAAAUAUCACGUUUUGUAAUGAAAAAACUGGUGCCCUGUAACGGUAGCUUAACUCACAUCAUUAUGCUGAAUGCACUUCUAGAAUUUUAGGUGCUUUUCAUUCACUUUGCCAGUCUGUGGUGGAUGCUCAAGUGUUUGGUGUUUUCAAGAGGAGUGAGAAAUGGAAAAAGAAGUGAAGUGAGUCUGUAAGAGUAAUUCAGGACGCACGAUUUACUUUCACUUUUUUCUGGUAGACAGAUUGCUUGAGUUGGCCAAGUGCUAUUGAACCUACUAAAUCUCUUAGAUGUGGCUGAGUUGCAGUUUAUGUUCAGCAUAUGUGCACGUUUAAGUUAAUGUCUAGGUUCUCCAGACAAAAAAAAAAAAAAAACUUGCCAAUACCUUAUGAGAGAUCUUCACUUUUUUUGUUUUUAAGUUUAUUUCAGUGUUUUACAGUGUUCAAAGCAAUAAUCCAGAAGGACUUCUUAACAGUCAGAGAUUGCGUUAUUGCUUUUCAGGACAUUGUAAUAAAUUCUGCAGUUUUCCAGGUUUAAAUUGCGUCGGUGAGCUCAUAUGGAGAAUGCAGCAAGCUAAAGCUAUCCUUUGAGGUUUAGGAUGCUUUAGAAACGAAAAGAACUGAAACUGAACUUUGAGCAGGCAGAAGUAAAUACAGUUAAACCAUAAUGUUCAUUGUCUUUAAGACUGCAUGGGAUACCUUCGUGUAAGCCUUUAGCAUGAGUAUCUUUUAAUGAUACUUUUUCUUUUCUUUUUUCAUUUUGUACAAAAAUGCCUUUUGGCUUUUAUCCUUCUCUGUAAUAUUUUUGAGGAUAAUGAAAAAUACUUUACUACACUUCUGCCUUUGUUUAAAGUGGCGAAUUAUACAUUUCCGAGACAUAACAGGGUUAUAUUAUAAUUCUGUUGUUUACAAAAAAUAAGUAAAAUUUGUAACCUAAACCUGAAGACCAAUGCUCUGCACAAUGUCUUUAAUUAUAAGAGAAGGAGAAUUAAAACAAGUGGGGAAAAAAUGAAGAUAUGUUUUAGAAUGAACUUUAACAUAUUUGAGACCGUUUUCUGUUACCUGAAGAGAAUGAUAACAGCCAUUGCCUGUUCUUAAUGAAGGUCUGCCUCUUUGUUAAUAUGUUUAAAAGCCCCACGGUUUAAUUUGUGUUUCUUUGAAAUUCCAAGCCAAUGUCAGGAUUGUUUCCCUGAAUGUAGGUACAAUGUAAACUGUUUAUUUUGUCUUUAUUCCCCUAUUUAACCAAAAGUAUGGACAGAAAAGUUGAUAUAUAUACAUAUAUAUCAGUUGUGCUGUAUCCUGAAAAACUAGAAGAGCACAAAAGUCCCUUGCAGAUUCCCAUAUGUAAUAUUUAAAAUAAUGCAAAAGGUAAAAGAAAAAUGUAAAUACUUUUGUGCAUGGGCAGUUUUGACAGUUUUUCCACUUCCCCUCCCAUUUAAGGUAAUUUGUACAAA